UGUAACCAUAAUUUGAGAGAGAGGAACACAGGGAGAAAUUUCAGGGUCUAGAAAGGAAGUGGAUGAGUAGACCGAGGAUUUGGGCGGGAAAAAAGUGUCAAGAUUAUUCAUUUAUAGAGCUUUUAGAUUUGCCCGAUUUAACUUCCCUGAAAACAUGUUAAUGGCUUCCUCCCACUUUUUUCGAAUUCGAUUUCCUCCCAGACAAAACCCAACUGGAUCGAGACAAAUCCGAUACUUCUUCCACACACUACUCUCUCUCUUGCCUUCCCCCCGCGAUUCACAAAUGUACGGUACAUCACUGGUUUUCUAGCUACUGAAAUGUCCAGAAAUAGAGCCCUAUCUCGUGUUUGUCCAUGUCUGAAUUCAGGGUUUGUCUCGAAUUUUAUGGAGUGAUAAUAUUUGGUGGGUGAAGAAUUAGAUGGAAGAUAGGCGAGAAUGGCGCAUGAUGAAGAUCAAGCUCAUAAUAGUGCUGUAGGUGAUGGGAGUUUAGGGUUUGGUGUUAUUGGUGGCGGUAAUGGAAAAUAUUCUAAUAGGAAGUCGAAACAAAGGAGAGCUCCACAGAGAGGGCUGGGUGUGGCACAACUUGAGAAAAUCAGGCUAGAAGAACAGCAAAAGAAGAAUGCACCUGCAAUUUUUUCACCUCCUUCUUCUUUAUCGUCUGCCAAAACCUCCUGUAAGCUGUCUGUAUCAGCUCCAAAUUUGCAUCCCAUGAAGCAAUCUUCCAGUUCUGUUCCACUUACCUCUGCAUCUCCAGCCAGUUUUUCUCCAUCAAAUUUUGUUUUCAGGUCGCCUUUGACUAGCCGCAAUAUUGAUGAUCCAAACAUGGGCAAUUGCAGUCCAGUGGUUAGGUUGAAUAAUGGUGGUUUUGAGACUGAAUGGUCAGAUAUGCCAGUACUUGGGCAAAGAGAGGUCCAUAAACCAUGGAAUCCCCUCGACUUCAAUCUUCAAAAGGACGAUUCAGUCUUUGAUUCCAACUUGGCAUUUCGAUCCAAUUUUGGUUUGCCCAAUGAAUCCAACCUUGAAUGGCCUUCCUCAGGGCAACAUCAGCUAUCUUCCUCUGCAGGGGUGGAUGUUUCGUCGAUGUCCCUGCUAAACUUCCUUACAGAGCCCCCUUCAAACCAAAGCUAUUAUGGCAACUGCACUCCAGUCUGGCCAGAGAGGCUUGGCAUGAAGAGACCAUAUUCCUUUUUCAUGGACAACCCAGCUGGCCCUUCUUUCAACUGCAGACCUCCUAUGGCUGCUCCUAUGAGAUCAGAUGAAUCCGCUUCAUGUAGUAACAUCUGCCUCUAUAGCUAUCCAUUUCUCGGAGAAGGCCCAUCUUGCUCGUCUUCAUCCUCAGAACCAAAUUCAAAGAAAAACAUGAAAGGAAAUGCUUUCAAAGGAGAUAUGCUCACACUAUCCACUCCAGCAACCAUGUGGAUGUGCCAAAGCUCAAAACUCAAGCACCUUUCAGUUCAUGCUGUGGAUAGUAACCACGAGUUUGCAGAUAUCGUAUCGCUACCUCUUCAAGGAGGCAUAGAGAUCCCGACCUGUCCCCAUCCUGAACCGAGUUGGUCUAAUCGACUUCAGCCAUACUACCGCUUUUUCCCGCCACUAACCGCACAAAGUGGCCAGGCAUCUCCCAAAACUUUGGGCAGAUUCAAUGUUGAAGAUGGAAGUGUCGAUCUUAAUCUGAAAUUAUAAUCACCACAGUUUGUACCUGUUGCUUUUGGAACCUUUUUGCAGAGUAGUCAAUAUGUUUAAGAUCAUGCAAGGGUAUGUUAAAGUUUCCUUCUCUAUUCGGAUAUACUCAUUGAGUCUACAUUUAUGAUUUAACAAAAUUAGCAUGCACGAGGUAUUAAAGCAAACAAGUAGUAAAUUUUGAACAAACUGAGAU